UGUUUGCAAACAUCUGACCAAAAGCUUCAGUCGCUCUUGUUAACUUCUGCUUUGACUUCAACCAGAGAAAGUGAAUGGAUCACACAUCCUGACCAAGACUGAAACAACAUGAAACAGCAGAGCAUGAUGGAUUGGGUGUUGUUGGUGGGCCUUCUGUGGUUUUGUCCUUUUUAUCUUGUGAGAGGCAAUGGUAGUAACAACAACACACAGGGAGCCAAUCCAAGGUGUGUCGAAGGCCAGAAGAGGUGUUUUGUUGUUCCUCAUAACUUCAGUGGAUUCUUGACUGCACCAAACAACUGGACUUAUGGACAUGCUUGCCUAAUAUUUUUGCAGAAGUGCACAACCAGAAGUACACGGCAAGAGAUGUUCCUUCAAGUGGAGAAUAAUGGAGAGUCUUACCAAUUUAACGUGACAGAAAAUCAAGUCAAAAAUGACUUGCGUCUGUAUAUUCUGAAUGGGACGCACUGCAACACCACAAUGUUUAACAUGACAGGAUGUGUUUUCAAUCAUAGUGAUACAGAUUCUUGCCAGAUUAAAUGUGUGCAAACAAAACCUGAGUGCAAAGAACAGUCCUAUAAAGAAGGCUCCUGUAGCGGUCGAUCAGCCAAGUACCGAAUCAGUAUAACAAAAACAAGCUGCACCUGUGUCAACUGCAAAAAUCCAGUGAAAACCCCUGAGAAGGCAAUACAUCUGACACAGAACAUUUCAGGGGAAGGAGGAAAAGUUGAUGCCAGUAAAGCUGCUGAUUUAAUGAAAGGAAUGCGCAAAAUGGCUGAAAACUUGAAUGAAUCUUCUGCUGCAUUAUCUGUGGGAGAAGACACCAAGGGAAUAAUACUGCUACAACCUGAGCCAGAGGAAUUAGAUGGAAAAUCCUUUGUUAAUGUGUCUCCAAAUGACGACAUGAAUUUUAUAGACCUCGAACAAAAUCUGGCUGCAUUUUCAAGAUCUGUUACAAUCCCUAAAGAAGCUUUUGCAAAAGCUGUCAGUCUAAACGUCACUACACCAUUUGCAGCUGUUCUCCGGUUCUUUAGUCUGUCUUCGGAUGCGAGGAAAAGCAUUGUUUUAGCUGAUGAGGUUGUAGCGAUUGAGUUGGGAGUCCCUAUCACUAAUCUCACUAACCCAAUAGAGAUCGGUUUUAGGAACGUCAACCCUAAAACGAUUCCAACUUGUCACUCAUGGAAUGGUGAAGGAAAAAAACCAAAUUGGACUAGUGAUGGAUGUGAGACAGUAGUGAAUGGAGACAACAUUACGUGCCAGUGUUCACAUUUGACAUUCUUUGCUGUCUUACUGGCCCCCCCGAACGAAACCAUCUCUAGUUCUGAUCUGAACCACCUCACCAUCAUCACCCAAGUUGGCUGUGGCUUGUCCAUGUUGUUCCUCAGCGUAGCCCUCUUCAUACACUUCCUGUAUAGGAGGGUGACGGCCAGUCAAGCCACGAGCAUUCUCAUCCACUUGAUGGUGGCCAUUUUCCUGCUGAACCUCACUUUCCUGACCAACAGCUAUGUGGCAAAACUAAAGAACUCUGGAGUUUGUAAGCUCAUGGGAGCUCUCAUGCACUACUUUAUGCUGGCCACUUUCACCUGGUUUGCUGCACAGGCCUUCCACCUCUGCCUGCAGCUGUACACAGGGGGCACAAUUCAGAUCCGUUAUUACAUGCUGAAAGUCUGCAUUACCGCCUGGAUGCUCCCAAGUAUAAUUGUGUCUGCCCUGCUCAUCGCUGGGAAAUACGGUGAACAGGUCAUCUACACCGAUAACACUGAAGACACCGUGACCAUGUGCUGGAUAACAGACAGCGACGUCCACUACAUCGUCAACAUCGGCUACUAUGCGCUGGUUUUCCUCUUCACCUUUAUUACAUUGAUCAUCAUGCUGUACUGGCUCUACCAAUUUAAGAAAGUCAAUGUACAAGUGAACCAAAAUGGCAAAAGCAUUGCAACCAUCCUGGGCCUGUGUUGCAUGUUGGGUAUCACUUGGGGUUUUGCCUUCUUCGCCCAUGGUGUCCUCCGGAUCGCUGCCUACUACAUUUUCACAAUCCUCAACUCUUUCCACGGUUUCUUCCUCUUCAUCUACUACUACAACACCAGCCGCUCAGGAGAGAUAAAUGCUGGUGUGAGCAACUUAAACAGCACCAGCAGCACCAGCACUCUAAAAACCAGCUUGAAAAGCGAAGAGAACCCCUACAACAACAUGUCGCACCAAAUGAUAAACAAGAAAUGAGGAGUGAAGGAGAGUUCAUGUACAACAUUGUAAUCUAGUGCUGCAUAUUCAUCAUUAUUAAUAUAUAGGAAAAAAGCUUCAGUUUAUCUUAACCCUCCUAUUACCUGCAAAUAUACUGACAUCUUUCAUCCUUGGGUUCAAUUUGACCCCAAAGAUUGGAGGGUUAAGACCAGAAACUACUUUGUGCAGCUUUAUCAGCUCUUACAUACAAUAUCUUCAGUUGGUUAUAUAUUGUAAAAAAAAAUUAAAUAAUAAUAAUCUUUUUAGAUGAGACAUAAGCAAAGUUAAAUGAGAUGAUAUUUAAGAUAUUGUGCAUCGUGUUCUACCUGCUGUGUGUAAAACUGUGUUUUCACUGUUUGAAAUAUGAAGGAGACACAUGAGUAAACAAGAAUUCUUUGUUUAGUUUCAGUUACAGUAGCAAUAUAAUGCAUGCAACAUAUACAAAGCUUUUCUAAAAAACUUAAUUAAAUUGAGGAAUAUUGACACAUUUACAAUAA